GCUCCGUUAUCGUAUCACCCCAACUCUUUCGAGCUUUAUACUGAUGCUCCAGGCUGUGGAAGGAGAAAGGGAAAGCCAUGUCGAUCAUGGAGCUGGACGACGAGAUGGUGCACUCCAUGGCCAUUGGCGCCGUCUUCACCGACUACGAAGGGAACAUUAGUUCACUUGAUUUCCAUCGCACAGAAGAUCUGUUGAUCACUGCCAGUGAGGAUGAUUCUGUCCGACUUUACAAUAUCGCCACUGCAUCUUUGUUGAAGACUACAUAUCACAAGAAGCAUGGAGCAGAUCGAGUAUGUUUCACACACCACCCGAGCUCCAUUAUAUGUUCUUCAAGAUACAAUUCGGCUUCAACAGAAUCAUUGAGAUAUCUUUCCAUGUAUGACAAUCGAUGUCUUCGCUACUUCAAAGGGCACAAAGAGAGAGUUGUUUCCCUCUGCAUGUCUCCUGUCAAUGAUAGCUUCAUGUCUGGCUCCCUUGAUCAUACUGUGAGAAUAUGGGAUCUCCGGGUGAAUGCAUGCCAGGGCAUUUUGCGGUUGCGUGGUAGACCUACUGUUGCUUAUGAUCAACAAGGCCUGGUUUUUGCUGUAGCAAUGGAAGGGGGUGCCAUUAAGCUAUUUGACUCCCGCUCAUAUGACAAGGGUCCAUUUGACACAUUCUUAGUGGGUGGUGAUACAGCUGAGGUCUGUGAUAUAAAGUUCAGUAACGAUGGCAAGUCUAUGCUUUUAACAACAACAAACAAUAACAUAUAUGUUCUUGAUGCUUAUGGUGGAGAAAAGCGAUGUGGGUUCAGCUUGGAACCAUCCCCAUCUAUGUCAACUGAGGCUACUUUUACCCCUGAUGGGCAGUAUGUUGUGUCAGGGUCUGGAGAUGGAACCUUGCACGCCUGGAAUAUCAACGGGCGGAAUGAGGUAGCCUGCUGGAACAGCCACAUUGGCUUUGCAACAUGCUUGAAAUGGGCUCCUCGUAGGGCCAUGUUCGCCGCUGCAUCCUCAGUCCUCACCUUCUGGAUUCCCGACGAGUCCAAGCGCGGCGAUGAGGCCACCAGCGGCGCUGAAACAGCAGCAGCAGCAGCCCCAGAUCCCAGGAAUGAAAACUAAAGGUUCCUCCUCCUCCUCCUC